AUGGUUAAGAGUUGGUAUAGAAUAUGGUAUCGUACCACUCAGACGAUAUUUGUGCUUUUAUUUAUUAGUUUUUCUAUUGUUAUACCGAUUGACUGUGCCGAACAGGCGACAUCUUCGAAUAAUAAUGCGAUAAAUACGUUUAUUGUUGUUGGUGCUGCGGUUGCACUGGUAAUAUUUGUGAUAUCGAUCAGCAUAGCGAGGAUUCUUAUAUUCAGGCGAGCGUUACAGGAUAUACCGAAGGCAUAUAUUCCUGUUACGACUCGGGAUAUGCCUCAUAAGGAUUCUCGAGAGUACGUGAUCAAGACGAUGAAAAGGGCGGGAGAACUUACGGAAAAGUUCAAGGUACCGAAGGAACCUGUGUUGCAUGCUGGCAUGGAGCCGAAUGAAAGUGACUUAUUUCCUCCUAAUCUGAAGUACCAUGAUGUGUUGAAGUUUAUUUCGGAUAGGUUUAGGUUUGAUGGUGCGUUGCUCACUACUUUUACGAAUGACAAAGAUCUCAGUAUCACGUUUCGGAAAGCGUUGGUCAGUUUAUCGGAGAAGGAAAAUAAAUCAGAGUGGAAACACCUGAACCACUUACUCCAGCUAUAUGAUAAGUUCAGGUUCAGUGGGGAGCCUAUUGAACGUGAUGAGUUUAUCAAGUUCAUCACCCUUUAUUCGUACAUUUCUGAUCUUUCUAACAGUCUAAGGCCCUUGAAGACAGACGAACGGGUUUCUCGUUUCCUUCACGAUAGAAGUGAAUACGACUCCAACUCUUUCUCGAGAAGAGGAUCAGAUAUGUCAAUAGGGUACCUCCGGCCAUACCCUUCAAAUGGAGUCAUGCCAACCACAACACGCCAAUCGCAUCUGGGCGUACCUUCGUCCAACAUCAAUUACUACUUUGAUGAGUCGGAUGAACCAUCGGAAAAUUUGGAAGACUAUCAGAGAUACCACAGCAUAUUAACAAGGACUGACACAUUUGACACCGUUAUUCAUAGAUAA